AAAGCAAGCAGACACGGCCAGUUCAGAUAUGAUUUUAGGACGAACUGUUUCUUCACUUUCUUGUCUGUCUCAGACACGAAACCCAUAAAAUUUUCCUAUAUAUAUUCCCAUCUCAGAUGUACAUGUACACUGCAAGGAAGACAGAGAGAGAGAGAGAGAGAGAUAGAGGUAGUGUUUGGCAGGAGAGAGUGUUAGAAUAGAGGCGAAAGCUCGCACUCUUUCUUGCUUUUCAGGAACAAAAUGGUGGGUCUUGAUCUCAGGCAAGAACUGAAGAUUCUUAUAACGAGCUUGAAACAGAAGGGAAUUCUAGGCAAUAAUUUCGAUUUUCUCCUUGAUUUAAGAACCAGAGAAAACCCACGGUUCAUUGUGCAAGUGAUAUACAUUUUCCAGCAUGAAAGUGAAUCCUUCAUAGGAGAGUUGGACCGACAAUUGAGCCAACCUGAUAUUGACUAUGCUCAAGUCUGUAGCUUUGCUCACCAUCUUACUGGCAGUAGCGCUAGAAUUGGUGGUAGUGGGAUGUCCCUCGCUUGUCAGGCACUUCUAUGUGCUGCUGAUGAUAAAGAUAAAGACAGAUGCCUUGAAGCCUUUUACGGCCUGAAAGAUCACUAUGAGCUUUUGAAGAACAACUUCAACUACAUCGUUGAGUGUUUGUGACCAUUUGACUGGGCAGAUAGAGACAGCCAUCUUUGCUAAUGACAGCAGGAUUGCAUCCCGGAGUUUCCCUGGCCUCGCAUCAUAAGGUAGCUAGUUUAGCUCCGGCCUGUUCAGGUGCUUCGAUGGAAAAUCUGAGCCUGGUUAAAAUAACAUGCUAUUAUCUUGUAAUAAGAGUUCACUAGAACUCAUGGUGCUAGUGUUGUGUCUUAAGACUGCUUCAGUUUCCUGUUUUCUGUUUGGAACUUUCAAUAUAAGUUAUGCUUUAUAUUAUUGAUUUGGUGUUGGUCUGGCUUGGUUAAUCA